UCCAUGAUUUGUUGAACAUUGGCAGAUCUGUAAACGGUUCCGAAUAUGAGGGAUUACUGUACGUCUAUGAUUGAACUUUUCAUAUUUUAUCUUUCACGCCAAUCAUCUUUUUUCUUUUUAUGCGUCAUGAAACAGUUUGCUCCCCUCUCAUCAGCAAUUUUUCAAAUCUUAAAGCACCACAUAAUUAAUUCGUUUGCAAUUGACACGUGGCGUCGAGAGGCGUCACACGUAGAAGCUUUUCUCCAAGGUCAAUGAAAAAGUCCUUUAAUUUACGCGUCAAUCAAAGUGCCACACGACCUCUUUAAUCAGCGGGGCAUAGCACACACCACGUGUCAAUGGCGCACUUGAGGUUUUGCAAUAAAAGAAGCUUCCGUGCAGCUCUCACGGCAACUUGAUUCCGUAAAGCAGCAGCAGGCGUUGCAAUGGACACCCUCAAGGAAGCGCUCCAGCGCUAUCUUCGAUUCGACCCAACGGCUGACCAGUUCCGUCAUCUGACCGUGCUUCAUCAAGUAAUCGGUUUCAACCAGGUCAACCCCAUGGUCGUCAAGAUCUGGCGAGCGACGGUUGCUUUGAUGUGUUGUCAGUGCUUCUGCUUUGCGUACCGCGUGUACCUGGCGAUUGCGCAGGACCUUGGCUUCACGUACCUCGUGUGCGCCCUGAUGGUUGUCGGAGGCUAUGCAUCAGGAGGGGCGCGGAUGGCUGGGUUUAGCCAUUUUUACGGGGAUUUUCUCGCGUUGAAAACGCAUCUGCUGAAGAGUUCGAGCCUGUUGCGGGACGAUCCCGAAGCGGUGCGCAUUCGGCGCGAGCAUUACGAGAACAACCAGAAGUUUACCGUUGCCAUGAUGGCGGCUGGAGCCGGUGCCAUCUCGAUCUGGAACAUGACCGACUACCGGAUGACGGACCAGUACGCCUUUCCGUUCGACUUGACUUUCUUGAAUCCGGCGAUUCGGGAAGUGUUUGAAACGCUGUACGGAUUCUAUCUGCUGUCGCUGGCUACGUACUUCUGGAUUCCGUUCAUCACGAUCCGGGUUGGUUUGCGGGCACUUCGAGCCGAGAUGCUGGUGGUGAACCGGGCUUAUGGGGAAGUGUUUCGGAAAGCGGCGACCGGCGCAAGGUUUUUCGAGGGAUGCUCGGACCAGCCAUCGAAGCAGGCGGCGAAGCGGUUUUGGAGCUGCUUGCAGCACGAGCUGUCGAGCGUAGUAGGCGUGCAUUCGGCCCUGCUGGACAACGUGUUUCGCAUCAGACGGCUGGCGAGCGUUCCGUUUUUGGCGGAAGUGUUUGCCAGUGUGUCGAUUACCUCGAUCGCCAUCUUUUUGCUGAUGUUGCUUGGAUCGGAAAGUCUUGUGUUGGUCGGAAUCUCCUGUAUCCUGCUGGUGGAGAGUUACUACAACAGCUCUUUGGUGGAGGAAUUGGAAGAGGCCCAUCAGGCCACCGGACACGUUGUUUAUGGACUCGAGUGGCCCACGCUGAUGAAGUACGACUCGAGCUGUGCCAGGGAGUAUAAGAAUGUACGGAAGAUCUUGCUCGUGGUUAUUAUGAGAUCGCAGCAGUCGCUGAACUUCCACUGCGGAGGUCUAUUCAAGAUGUCCAUGGACACGUUUUCGGUGACCGUCAAAACGUGCUACACCAUUUUCAGCUUUCUGGUACAGGUGCAGAAGGAUUAAGGCACCUUGGUUAAACACACUACCUUUCAUUGAUGUAUCUUGGUGAAUUUGACAGCACACACAAUAGUUUAAAUAAAG